AUGGAAGGUGUGGGUGCUGAAGAUAAUGGCAAGCAUGGUGUUAGAAGUGUUACAUGUAGGGCCAGUGGAUGUUUCAGCCCAGAUGAAGAAGAUAAAAGGGAGUGUAAAAGAAAUAUGCUUAAAAAUCCAGCAUCUGAAUGGCUUUCAGAAAAAGCAUGGCUUGAGAUACAGUCUCUUGAGUUACUACCUUCCUUCAAAAACUUCAUAACAGAUUUCACCACUUACAAAAAUGAUUUCAAAAGGUUAUUUGAUUCACAGGCACCUCAUGAAGAACGUCUUAUUCAACAGUGGGAGAACAAACUUAAUCAUUUUCAACGGUUGUUAGUUUUAAAGUCUUUGAGACCCGAUAAAGUAAUGAAUGCUCUUCAAAAUUACAUUGCACAUUUCAUGGGUCAAAGAUUUAUAGAACCACAGACCAGUGAUGUUUCUGAAAUAUUUGGUGAUUCUAGUAACACUAUUCCUCUCAUCUUUAUUCUGUCACCAGGAACUGACCCAGCAUCUGAACUCUAUAAGUUUGCAACCAAGAUGAAUUUUACAACAAAAUUAUUUGUAAUAUCUCUAGGACAGGGGCAAGGACCAAGGGCUGAAGCUAUGAUGGAUGAAUCCAUGGAUCAUGGAUAUUGGGUAUUUUUUCAAAAUUGUCACCUUGCUCCAAGUUGGAUGCCACGGUUGGAAUAUCUAAUAGAAAAUAUUGAUGUGUCAAAAACACACAAAGAUUUCAGAGUAUGGUUAACAUCAUCCCCAUCUCCUGAUUUCCCAGUACCAGUAUUGCAAAAUAGCAGUAAAAUGACCAUAGAACCACCCCGUGGCAUUAAGGCAAAUAUGAUUCGAUCUUAUACUACUGAGGUUACUGACAUGAAAGAAUUUUUUGAAAGUGAAGAUAUAAAGUUACCAGCAUUCAAAAGCCUCCUGUUUGCUCUCUGCUUGUUUCAUGGAGCGUGUAUUGAACGUAGAAAAUUUGGACCAUUAGGUUUUAAUAUUGCAUAUGAAUUUACGAGCGGUGACCUUCGAAUUUGUAUUUCACAACUCAAAAUGUUUAUUUUAGAAUACGAUGAUGUUCCUUUUAAGGUUCUUUCAUAUACAGCAGGUCAAAUUAAUUAUGGUGGCCGUGUAACUGAUGAUUGGGACAGACGCUGCAUUAUGAAUAUAUUGUCUGAUUAUUAUGAUUCAAAAGUAAUGCAACCAGAAUACAAAUUUGACAAAGCUGGAGCAUAUUGUCAGCAACCAUCUGAUAUUACUCUAGAAGGCUGCUUGAAUUAUUUAAAGACACUUCCAUUAAAUGAUGAUCCUGAUAUCUUUGGACUACAUGCUAAUGCAGACAUCAGCUGUGCUCAACAAGAGACCAUUAAAUGUUUGACAACACUUUUAGCUCUGCAACCACGCACUGUAGGAGGCCAAUCUACGAGUCAAGAAGAAAUUACUGCUGAAAGAGCUAAUGAUAUAUUAAAUACAACUCCAAAACCUCUCAAUGUGGCUGAAAUAUCAGAAAAAUAUCCAGUACAAUACGAAGAGUCACUCAACACUGUACUAGUUCAGGAAAUAAUUCGUUACAACCCACUUCUGAAACUGAUACACAACAGCCUAACUGAUCUUCUGAAAGCUCUCAAAGGACUAGUAGUUAUGUCUGAAGCUUUAGAAAAUCUUAAUGCAAGUUUAUUCACUAAUGUUGUGCCUCAAAUGUGGAAUAAUAAAGCUUAUCCUUCUUUAAAACCACUGGGUGCUUGGGUACUGGAUUUGAAAGAGAGAAUAGAUUUUAUUAACAAAUGGGUGGACCAUGGUAUUCCCAUAACAUUUUGGAUAUCAGGAUUUUUUUUCCCUCAAGCUUUCCUUACAGGCAAUCUUCAAAAUUAUGCUCGAAAGUAUGUGAUUUCCAUCGACACAUUGGCUUUUGGAUUUCGUGUUCAUGACGGUACUCCUUACAAGAAACCUGAAGAUGGUUGUUAUGUUUAUGGACUCUUCCUUGAAGGAGCACGGUGGGAUCCUGUCAUUAAAGGACUUGGUGAAUCAAGACCCAAGGAGCUUUUCACACGUAUGAAAACUUCAUUUCCAUACAAAUUUCCCAUCAUAUGGAUGGUACCAGAGAAAAACCAUGUAACGCCUUCUUCAGUAUAUGAAUCUCCUGUAUAUAAAACAUUAACAAGGGCAGGAACACUCUCUACUACAGGACACUCGACAAAUUAUGUGGUAACAAUGGAACUACCAAGCAGAGAGCCUCAAAAGCACUGGAUAAAAAGGGGAGUUGCUCUUAUAUGUGCUUUGGAUUAUUAAGGGAUUAUUUUCUGUCAAGCUAAUAAAUAACUAAUAAACAAUUACUGAAAUAUUUGCAAUGUAUUAACAUUAGGUUGCAUCUUCAAUUACAUGUAUCUUUUUAUUAAAGUUUAUUGCCGAAGUUAUAUCUUGUUUGAUAUUAUACAUACAUAUAUACAUGUUUAUGUAGCAACAGAUAUACCAUUAUUAAUUCUCUCUAAUACAAGCAAUUCCUCAUUUCUACAGUAAUCAUUUUCCAUAGCACAACCUAUAAAUUUAGGUGCUGACAGAAGAGUUCCUGAUACAAUGUUGAGGAAUUUGUUUUCAUUGUCACUCUUUUGAUAACACAUGAGAAGUCUCUUACUUAAAAAGGAUCCAGAUACUGAAAUAUUUCCUACUUCUAUAAAUGCUUGAGAAUUAGGUGAAUACAUCUGAAUACUCAUUCUCAAGUUUUCAUGAAUUUGCAAUUUAUGAGCUGGGACAUAAACAAUUUUCAGAGGAUACUUAAAUUGUUGGUAAAACUUCGUUAUAAGUUUCACCAGGCAAUUAAAUUCAUCCAUCAUUGUAGAAAUACUUGGAGUAGCUACAAAUACUCCAACAACUGUUUCCUGCCAUGUGCUGAAAAGUCCAUUCACUUCUGUUUCUUCAGUGGGCUUAUAUUGACGGCCCACAGUUACAUAUCUCAGAGGCAAAACGUUCUCAGAAACAUAAUGUUUAGAGUGCAAACAGCAGAAUGAAGGAAGAGAUGCACUUCCAACUAAGUGUAAGCGAUUUAAAUUCUUUUCACCAUCGUCUUGGAGCAAGAAAGAAAUGGAAGGAUUGUCAAAGGACAUUCCACAACCUUCUAAAACAAUACUACGAACAAAAUCUGAAUUAGAAACUUCAAUGUACUUAUCUCUUUUCAAUAAUUCUGAAACCACACUCAGUACACGUGUUUCGUACAGUGCUGCAUUAUUUAAAAAAAAGAAACAAUUAUUGUUUCUCCAAUCAAUUACAUCAAACUUUUCAGCAAUUUCAACAUGACUUUCACUGCAUUUUGUGAGAGGCUCAUCAUUCCUGUACAGACAAAUUUCACUUUCCAAAGGUGUGUCUGGAUGAAGAUCAUUGGGCAAAUUUAAAGCUUUAGGAAUAGAUAUCUCUUCCAAUUCCCAAAUAGUUUUGGACAAUGACUUUAGUUCUUCUCGUAAUAGUUUUGCUUGAUGUAUGUAUUUUUCUGCCUUUUGUACUUUGCCACAUUCCUGAAGUUCUUUAAUUUUAGCAGGAAUUUCAGCUCGCUUUUUCUCAAUGGUACUCUUACUAUUAUUAACAUGACACAAUAUUUGCCACAUUUCAUGACAUUUUUUAACAUUAAUACUUAACCUUCUGGCCUUCACAUUUCUUUCAAGUUCUGAUAUAUUACGAAAUCUGUCAUCAAAAUCAAGAUGUGGAGAAACAAUAGACACUUGUUGACUUUUUUUAGCACCUGGCACAAAAAGAAGCGAUGUGGCAUAAUGACGAUAAACAAUAAACCUAGGAAUAAAAAUUCUAUAUUUCAGCAUUUCCAAAAAGUUUGUUUUAACAUAUGAUUACAACAUUUCAACAUUAAUUCUCCAUUUUCUGUUCCUUUGGUUUAAUCUCAAGAACACUGUUACACUCCUGAGUUUCUACCUUUCUCUUCUUAGCAACACUAAAGGAACCAAGUCCCCCAGCUCGUUCAGAUUCUUCAAUUGUGUAUGGUUCUGUUUCCAAGUCUUUUAGUCUUCGCUUGUGAGCUUUAGUACGAAAAUGUUCUUUUAAAGAACGAUCAUCAAUGAAAUAUCUCGCACAGUGAAGACAAUAAUGUUGUGCUAAUCCAGGUUUGUCAAAAUCAAUUUCUUGAUGAAUGAGUUUCUGAGCAUUCUCUUCUUUCAUGUCAUUAUCAAUCUGAUCCAAAUCCUUCGUUUUCGGAAUUUUAUUCCAUUGUCUACGGCGAUAAUUAUCUUCUUUAUGGUGUCUUUUCCUUUUCCAGCUUCAGCACGCUAUUAUGAACACGUUGCAUGGGGUAUGACUGCUAACGACAUCUGUGCGAAGAAAUAUAACUAACUAUGUGUAGCGUGGACUGCCCGGCCAGCAAGCGUACAUCUAACCUUCUAAAGGUGAUGAGGUGUGUGAAGUGGCGUGUUAUUUGUUUUUAACUACACAUGUUACUUACAAAAAGUGGAAGUGAAAAUAUGUGGUUAUGUUAUCGAGAACUCUGAAAAUAAGUAUCUAUCCGCGUUUUUAAAGGAUAAUGGCUGCCGCCAUUUUGACUGAGUGACAUUAUGCAUAGUGAGAAACGUGCAGAGGUUGGAAGUGUUACGUAUUUGGUGUAUUUCGAUGAAUUCCCGAUUAGAAAGGUAUCUAAAGGUGCAGUUGUAUAUACAAAAUGUUAGAUUUACGUGAGAAAGAAUUUUUAUGCGUGUUUUGCGUAUUAUUGGAACCAGACCUCGGUUGCAACGUCGAGAGUGCACAGGGGUUCGGAAAGUGAGUCAAUCCUACUUGUGCGGGAGUCGAACAAUACCCUCGGCGGUUGUGCCCCAACUGCUAUCUUUCUGUGGUGAAUCUACACUUCCCGAUGUCCGCGUCGCGCGUAUCGGGACUUUCGAUGGAUAAAUAUAUCUUUGAAACACGUGUGAUGUUGUAAACAGAAGUGAUUUAGUGCUAAUAUGGCCAAAAUUCUCAACAAGGACCCAGUCACAUACCAACGGGAACGUGAAGGUUUUAUAAGAGACCUAAGGCAAUUCCAUGAAGCCCGAGGGACUCCAUUUCGUAAAAUACCGAAGAUAAAUGGCCACGAAAUAGACUUGUACCUUCUGUAUGUACUCGUCACAGCCCACGGAGGAUGGGUGAAGGUAA